AGCGAGCAUAAAGGACAGAGUCCUUGACGAUACAUCGCAAGCAAAGAGAAUUCGGAAGGCAGCUGGCGAUGGCGGCGACCACCGCGAGCGGUGCGAUCGCCGGUUUCUUCUCCUACGUUAUCCUAGCCGCGGCGGCGGCGGCGGCGGCAGGGUUCAACGCGCCGACGGUGAGCUUCAGCGACGGCUUCUCCCACCUCUUCGGCAACGACAACCUCAUCCGCGGCGCCGAUGACCGGAGCGUCCGCCUCACCCUCAAUCGCUACUCCGGGUCGGGCUUCAUCUCUACGGACCUCUACGAUCAUGGAUUCUUCAGCGCGUCCAUCAAGCUGCCAAAAGAUUACGCCGCCGGCGUCGUCGUCGCGUUCUAUACUUCGAAUGGGGACUUGUUUCCUAAAAACCAUGAUGAGUUGGACUUUGAGUUCCUGGGGAACGUGAAGGGAAAGGACUGGCGGAUCCAGACCAACAUCUACGGCAACGGCAGCACCACCCGCGGCCGGGAGGAGAGAUACCUCGUCCCCUUCGAUCCCACCGAGGCGGCGCACCGAUAUUCCAUCCUGUGGACGCCCGAUUACAUCGUGUUUUACAUCGACGACGUGCCGAUCAGGGAGGUGGUGCGGACGGAGGCGAUGGGCGGGGACUUCCCGGCGAAGCCGAUGUCGGUGUACGCCACCAUAUGGGACGGGAGCUCGUGGGCCACCGCCUACGGGCGGAUCAAGAUCAACUACAAGUACGCGCCGUACACGGCGGAGUUCGGCGACCUGGUCCUCCGCGGCUGCCGCGUGGACCCCAUCCGGCAGAUGGCUGUGGAGGCGGCGGACCGCUGCGCCGAGUCGGUGGAGGAGCUCAUGUCCGCCGACUUCGCGCUGCUCACGCCGCGGAAGCGCGCCGCCAUGCGACGAUUCCGGGAGCGCUACAUGAUCUACUGCUUCUGCUACGACCAGCACCGCUACGGCAACGUCGCGUUCCCGGACUGCGACUACGUCUCGUCGGAGCACAGCAGGUUCGGGGAGUGGGGCGACAACAAGGUCCCUCCCAAGGAGGUUCGAGCGCGCUCGGUCCCGCGGCGGCGCAGCCGGAAGCCCAGCUCCGUCGAUGACCGGCAAAUUCUAGAUUAAUCGUCAGUUAGAAAUUCAGACGGAUGAUUUAAUUUGGUCACAUCUUGAUAGAAUUUUAAUUUGUUGAUUCUUUGGUGAAAAUGAAUAAUUUAUAAAUCCCAUGUAAAGCAAAGCAUACUGUACUCGUUAACCGAUCGUUGGGCUAAUAAAUAAUUUUGAUGAGAUUUUGUUUA